UUUGACAUUUGACAGUGACAGUUUGCAUUGACAUUUGUCAAAAGCAAAUUUUUAAUUAAUUGUCGUUAUUUACAAACAUUAUUUUUCUCCUUGCUUGAUAUUUUCACGUAGUGGUGAAGUACAAAGUCGUUAGAGAUCAACCGGUGUAAUUAUAAAAGACUUGGCACUUCUUUCGAAGUGCUGUAACUUUUGGUCACUUGAAUAUUAUGACAACUCUCAUGAUGGACUACGAAUUUAAGAUGAAAACUCAGAAUGAGAGAGUAAAAGUGGAGGAUUUAUUCGAUUAUGAGGGUUGUAAAGUCGGUAGAGGCACAUAUGGUCAUGUUUACAAAGGGCGGCGGAAAGAUGGGUCGGACAACAGAGACUAUGCCCUUAAACAGAUAGAGGGUACAGGAUUAUCCAUGUCAGCAUGUAGAGAAAUAGCGCUUUUAAGGGAAUUGAAACAUCCAAACGUAAUCACUUUAAUUCGAGUUUUUUUAUCACACAAUGAUAGGAAAGUAUGGCUUUUAUUUGACUUUGCUGAACACGAUCUAUGGCACAUAAUUAAAUUUCAUAGAGCUGCUAAAGCUAACAAAAAACCAGUCAUGGUUCCUAAAGGAAUGGUUAAAUCAUUGCUAUAUCAAAUAUUGGAUGGAAUUCAUUAUUUACAUUCAAAUUGGGUGUUGCAUAGGGAUUUGAAACCUGCAAAUAUUCUUGUUAUGGGAGAAGGGCCAGAGAGGGGGCGAGUUAAAAUCGCAGAUAUGGGUUUUGCUAGACUUUUUAAUGCCCCUUUGAAACCUCUAGCGGAUUUGGAUCCCGUGGUGGUCACUUUUUGGUACAGGGCGCCUGAAUUAUUGCUAGGGGCUCGUCAUUACACGAAAGCCAUAGAUAUUUGGGCUAUAGGAUGCAUUUUUGCUGAGCUAUUGACCUCAGAACCCAUUUUUCAUUGUCGCCAAGAAGACAUAAAAACAAGCAAUCCUUACCACCAUGACCAGUUAGAUAGAAUUUUUAACGUUAUGGGAUUCCCCCUUGAAAAAGACUGGGAAGAUAUCAAAAAAAUGCCAGAACAUCCCACACUAGUUAAAGAUUUUAAGAAGCAAAGCUACAUCAACUGUUCUUUAGUAAAAUACAUGGAUAGACAUAAGAUUAAACCUGAUAGUAAGGCCUUCCAUUUGCUACAGAAAUUACUUUUAAUGGACCCAAAUAAACGAAUUACUUCAGAGCAAGCAAUGCAAGAUGCCUACUUUUCUGAAGAUCCUUUACCUACUCAGGAUGUUUUUGCGGGUUGUCCAAUUCCAUAUCCUAAGAGAGAAUUUUUGACUGAUGACGACCAGGAAGAAAAAGCGGAAAGUAAGCAACGUCAAAACCAACAGCAGCAACAACAACAACAGCAGUCUCAGCAACAACAACAACAGCAACAACAACAACAGCAAUCACAGCAGCAACAACAAUCUGGAAAUGGAGAUAAUCACGGGAAUCCCUCAAAACGUGUUAGGUUGUCUGGGAAUACUCAUCCUGGUCAAGUCAAUCCACAAGCCAUUCCAAUAUCGCAACAGCAAGAAUUUCAUCAACAACAAAUGAUGUACAAUAAUGGGUCGCAGCAACAGAAUUUUCAACAAAGAUUUUAAAUUUAAUUUGAUAAAAAGUAUUGUUAUUUAUGUAACUUGUCUAAGUUUUAAAUCCAUAAUAAAUUUAUUUUAUUUGAA